AUGUCAAACGGGGAGCCCUCUGAACGCAGUCCACUUCUCUCCGCCAGGUCCAAUGGAGCGGCGGAUGAUGAAGGAUCCCCCCAGCCUGACGGCGGGUUAAGACGAAUCGCAGAUUCACUUCCACCCUCAGUCUGGCUCAUUGCGACGAUUGAGAUGUGCGAAAGGUUUGCCUAUUUCGGCAUCCUUGGACCCAUGCAGAACUAUAUUCAAAAUCCCCGGAAUGAUCCAUUGCGCCCGGGCGGAAUCGGACUUGGGCAGGCUUCUGCGACCAUGAUCAACCAGGGGUUUGUGCUGUGGUGUUAUAUUACUCCAAUAGUCGGCGCUGUCGUUGCAGAGCAGUAUGUUGGUAGAUUGAAAACUAUCAUUUAUUCCUCGUCCGUGUACCUCUGUGGAUUGGUCACUCUAUUUCUCUCCUCACUGUCCGCUGCACAGAACGUGGGAAUGUCAUUUGCUGGGUUGCUAGCGUCUUUAUUCUUGAUUGGCAUCGGCACGGGUGGUAUCAAGACCAAUGUCAACUCGUUGAUCGCAGAGCAAUACACUGGUCCCAAGGAAUUCAAACGCAGCUUAAAAUCCGGGGAAGAAGUCAUCGUCGAUAGAGAUCUAACGAUUCAGAGUAUAUUCACAACGUUUUUCAUAUUCAUUAACGUAGGGUCUUUUUCACCCCUAAUCAUAUCAGUAAUCGAGAAAGUAUACGGCUUUUCUGCAGCAUUCUCUCUACCAGCCAUAGUCUUUCUUGUUGGGUUUGUGAUCAUGCUUUCUAGCAAAGACAAUUAUAUUACCCGGGAACCUGAUAGCUCCAUAGUCUUCAACGCCUGCAAGGCAUUAUGGAUUGGUAUCAGGCACAAAGGUAACCUCGACUAUGCAAGACCAAGCUACCGGACAGAAGAAUCAGCUACCAGAAGGCUUCCAUGGGACGAUUCCUUCGUCGACGAUUUGCGAGGCGCUAUUGCUUCAUGCAAGAUUUUCAUCCUAUAUCCUAUCUACUGGGCAGCCUAUUUACAAUUUCUAACUAAUUUUAUCUCCCAAGCCGCAACCAUGGAGACACACGGAAUCCCUAAUGAUAUCAUGCCGAACAUAGACACUAUGACAGUCUUGAUCAUCCUUCCCAUUCUGGAUCGCGUUGUAUUUCCUUUCCUGCGCAGGUUGGGAAUCCCCGUUCGCCACGUCGAUAGAAUCACCAUGGGGUUCCUGGUAUGCGGCGCUUCAAUGCUCUAUGCCGCCUUUGUUCAACGCGCCAUUUACGCUGCCCCUCCUUGUUAUGACCACCCAAGGGCGCCGGAAUGCUUGGGCGGAAAUGUUCCUAAUCAGGUUUCUAUUUUCCUCCAGUCGCCUGCUUACGUGCUGAUUGCUGUCUCGGAGAUAUUAGCCUCUGUGUCAGGUAUCGAGUAUGCCUACGCGCAGGCUCCUGCGUCAAUGAAGUCGAUAAUCAUGGCUGUGUACUUGUCUGCCGGAUCGGCGGGUGCCUUGAUAGCCAUGACGGUUUCGCCGCUGACAGUCGAUCCGAAGUUGCCAUGGUUGUAUUUCACUCUGGGGUUGGAGAAUUUUCUAGCUGGUGCUUUUCUGUGGAUUGUCCCGAUGUAA